GGGGGCUCUCCGGCCUCGCCAUGCAGCCGUGGGGCGCCGCCCUCGCCCUGCUCCUGGCCGCGCUCGCCCUGCUUGGCCUGCUCGCCCCAAGUCUGAGACGCCUGGGGAGGCGCGCCGUCGGAGCCAGGACCCUGCUGGGGGCUGGGGGCCCGGACGACGACGAGGAGGUGGACAGCGGAGGCCCGGCGGACCAGUUCAGUAACGAGCGCGAGCCGCUGCCCGGCGGAUGCAGGCUCAUCUGUAAGCCGUCGGCGCUGGCGCAGUGCUUGCUGCGCGCCCUGCGACGCUCGGCAGCCCUGGAGCCGGGUCCACGCUCCUGGCUCUCUGGGCCCCACCUGCAGACCCUCUGCCAUUUCGUGUUGCCCGUGGGGCCCGGGCCUGAGCUGGCCCGGGAGUACCUGCAGUUACCGGACGACGGGCUGGUGGCCCUGGACUGGGUCGUGGGACCUUGCGCCCGGGGCCGCCGAGUCACCAACGCCGGGAGCCUUCCGGCCGUGCUGCUAGUGAUCCCCAAUGCGUGGGGGCGCCUCACCCGCAACGUGCUCGGCCUCUGUCUGCUCGCCCUAGAGCGCGGCUACUACCCGGUCAUCUUCCACCGCCGCGGCCACCACGGCUGCCCUCUGGUCAGCCCCCGGCUGCAGCCUUUCGGGGACCCGUCCGAUCUCAAGGAGGCGGUAACUUACAUCCGCUUCCGACACCCCGCGGCCCCGCUGUUUGCGGUGAGCGAGGGCUCGGGCUCGGGGCUGCUGCUGUCCUACCUGGGCGAGUGCGGCUCCUCCAGCUACGUGACGGGAGCCGCCUGCAUCUCGCCGGUGCUGCGCUGCCGCGAGUGGUUUGAGGCCGGCCUGCCCUGGCCCUACGAGCGGGGCUUUCUGCUCCAUCAGAAGAUCGCACUCAGCAGGUACGCCACAGCCCUGGAGGACACGGUGGACAUCCGCAAACUGUUCAGGAGCUGCUCCCUGCGAGAGUUUGAGGAGACCCUCUUCUGCCACACCAAGAACUUCCCCAUCAGCUGGGACACCUACUGGGACCACAAUGACCCUCUCCGGGAUGUGGACGAGGCGGCCGUACCUGUGCUGUGCAUCUGUAGUACUGACGACCCUGUGUGUGGGCCCCCAGACCUCUUUCUCCCCACUGAACUCUUUCACAACAACCCCUACUUCUUCCUCCUGCUCAGUCGCUACGGAGGCCACUGUGGCUUCCUGCGCCAUGAGCCCUUGCCAGCGUGGAGCCAUGAGGUCAUCUUGGAGUACUUCCGGGCCUUGACUGACUUUUUCCGAACAGAAGAGAGGCUGAAAGGGUUGAGCAGGCACAGAGCUUCAUUGCUAGGGGGCCGGCGUCGCUGGGGAACCCUGCAGAAGCGGGAGGUCUCUCCCUCUGCCAAUUUGGAGGAGAUCUUUAGCUGGAAGCGAUCAUACACAAGGUGAAACCUGGACAGAGACCCCCCACCCUGUCCCCAUUCUGCAAAGAACAGAGCUGGGCUUGGCAGAGUCCUGAAAAAGUGGUAGGGACUGAAUGGAGCAAGCAGCUCCAGCCCUUUGCCGCUGAUUCAGCUCCUUCUUCUGUUCAGGUUUGUGGAAAGAGACAGAACUUCCAGCUAGCUGCCACUUACUUUACCCCAAGCAGAAGGCCUGCCCAGGCUUUCCUCAAUACAUUUUUGCUCAUCCUGGUCAGCAGCUGAACAUCACUGUCUCCUAUGACCAACCUCAUACGCCAAAGAUUAGCGCCAUUUGAACCCAUGGACUCAGGAUAAAAUGCUCUCCCCCUAGCAAUGACUACAGAGAGGAUGAGUUUCUGUGUGUCACUGGGCAGCUCUGUGACCCUGCCUCUCAAGUUGGAGCCACUUGGUGUAGUGAAGACAGGAUGUUUGUGUCUGGGUCCCACUUCCCUCAUUUCAUCCUGCGGUUGUGCCACUCUGCUGACUGCAUGCGGUGGCAGCAGUGAAAGUGGGCUGUGUCUGUCUUGUGUGGGUACGGGAAAGGUGGCAGAAGCAGUAAGUGCAGCGCCAAGAUGGAGUCGGUGAGCCCCAAGGUAGAGAUUGUGACUGCAUGUCUAGAAUACGAGGGUCCAGCCUUCCAGACAUUUCUGCAGGUCUCUGUUGGGAACGGGGCUGAUCCGUGGCUUGAGCCUAGGACCUCAAACCUCACUGGACAGAUCCCAAGGAUGAUUUUAGGAACAGGAAGUCCUUAAACAGUUUGCUAGACCAUGGCUCAAGGAGCCAGACUUUCAGGCACUGUGGCUGCUCCCUCUGGUACCAUUCCUGGGGAUUAUUACUCCAGAGAGCUCUGACCAAAGCUGCUCUUCUCCUGUAAUGUGGGCUUUCGCUAAGUGGUGAAAAGUAUAAACCCCAUGUCUUAGGUGUUUUCCAGUUAGCUUCCCCCUCUUCUGACAUUACUACUAGCCUCUGUCUCUCCAGAACCUGGAGAGACAUCUGGGACCAGGCAAAACAAAAAGUUCCAAGAGGUUGGCUAGAACUGACUCAGUAAUGGAUGAAUAUUUCACAUUACUAUGCUUCUUCUGCUCAAUUAUUCAAAAGGCCAUUCAUGUAGAUGCAGAUAAAGCUUCUUCUUCCUGGAUCUGGUCACUCAGUGACCGAGCGGGUGUUUGGUUUUAUGAGGAAUACUGCUGAAGACCAGCAUAAAACAAAGCAUUGUACACACCGCCCCACACGUCCUGGUUGGGGUCAGUCCGUUAAAUAAUACAACAGGACAUCUGCUUCCACGUGCUGCUAAGAGCUUUGCCCUGAAGUUUUAUUUUGAUUUCUCUUUGAGAAAGAGGAAACCUAUGUAUUUUUUAAUUUUUAAGUUAUUUUUAAAUUUAACCUUUAUUGUAUUUUUUUUCCUGAGGGCACCUGUUUUGACUGGAAGCCCCAUCUUAGCCUUACAAACAGCAAAGCAAUUUUAAAGAGGAGAGGUGUUUACUGAAGCCGUGUCAUAAUCCUUCGUAUGAGGACUUCCUGGGGCCAUGAUUUUAGAUUUCGAUAAUCUUAAGCCUUGUUCUUCUAGAGCAAAUAAGAAAUUCUGAACUAUCCAAGAAUCUAAACUGAAAAUGCAGACAACACUCAAUUGUCCAAGGCACAUUCUUUUGUCAUGACAAAAUGGCGUCCUUCCUUCCCCUCUUCUUGCUCUUCGUCCUCCUCCUCUUCCUCCACACUCCUCAUUUGAAGGUCUUUCACCAUUUCUGAGCAGGAGAAAUAACAUGGAACUGAAACCUAAAGAAAACAUUCACUGCUGGUUAACCGCCUGUGUGAGACUCGGUGAGGGAGAAUUAUUGGCAUCGGCCCACCUUCUGCAGCAUCAGCUACAGUGGGAAUCUCAGUUAAUAAGGGUCCUGCAGUCCCGUGUACAGGACCCCAGGAUCAUUCUGAACUGACUACAAAAUGGGAAGCAGCCACUGGUUUUUAAACUCCCCCAUUUCUGACUUAAAUGUCCCCCAAAGGCUAAGUCUAUCUUUUCUCUAGGCCAGAUACCCUGGGACUUUGGUUCUUUAAGA